AAAAGGCUACGCCUGUUCUGUUCUGUCUCUUCUAGUUCUCCGUCUUCACCAUUUCGAAAAAUCUCAAACUAUCAGAGAGAGAAAAAGAGAGAUCCUUUCCCUUAUAUUUUCUUUGCACGCUUUCUCAAAACCCUCCGAUCUGUUUAACCUCCGAUUAGGGUACUCCACUAAAUCCUCGAUUUGUACCAGAUUCAGUGGUUCCCCGAGAGUCUCCAUCGCAUCGGGGGAAUGGCAUUUCGGUAAAAUCAGUGAUGAAACUGGUGGUGAGAAGUCAUUUCAAUCGAUGAGCCUAGCCGAGGUGUGGAGGUCGAGCGCGAGGCUCGUAACGACGAACUCGCCUCAGCUCAACGGCGGCGGCGGAAACAAGAGCGCGUUAUGGAAGUGGCGAUCUUUGUCGGGCCAGCCCAAGAGAACGGUAAUGUGGACAUGGGUUUGUGGGUUCAUGCUUUUCACCUUAGGGGUCAUCUCACUCUUCACCGGUCAUGUUGUCUCCCACCUCGAGUGGUACUCUCAGCAACUAAGCAAACGGAGCUUACUGGAUAUGAGCCGUAGGGAACCAAUUGAUGUAUGGAAGUCGAAAUAUUCAAAGUUCUUCUAUGGAUGCAGUGAAAGAGGAAGGAACUUCCCACCUGCGGUCCAGGAGCACCGUUCUAAUGGGUAUUUGCUGAUUGCGGCUAGUGGAGGUCUGAACCAGCAAAGAACAGGAAUAACAGAUGCGGUGGUUGUUGCACGGAUUCUUAAUGCUACUUUAGUUGUACCUGAGUUGGAUCACCAUUCUUAUUGGAAAGAUGACAGUGACUUUAAUGAUAUUUUUGAUGUUAACUGGUUCAUCGCUUCCCUCACAAAAGAUGUGACUAUAGUAAAGAGAGUACCUGACAGAGUCAUGAGGUCGAUGGAGAAACCUCCUUAUACCAUGCGUGUGCCUCGAAAGUCUACUCCUGAGUACUAUCUCGACCAAGUAUUGCCAAUUCUCUCCAGGAGACAUGUUCUACAAUUGACAAAGUUCGACUACAGGCUAGCAAAUGAUCUAGACGAAGACAUGCAGAAGUUGCGUUGCAGGGUCAACUACCAUGCCUUAAGAUUCACAAAGCGUAUACAAUCAGUUGGAAUGAAAGUGGUCAAGAGGAUGAGAAAGAUGGCCAAACGUUUUAUUGCUGUCCACUUGAGGUUUGAGCCUGACAUGCUAGCCUUUUCUGGUUGUGACUUCGGCGGUGGUGAAAAAGAGCGAGCUGAGCUUGCAGAAAUACGAAAACGAUGGGACACUUUACCUGAUCUGGACCCUCUGGAGGAAAGAAAGCGUGGGAAAUGCCCUCUUACCCCUCACGAAGUGGGCUUAAUGCUGCGCGCUCUCGGUUUCGCUAAUGACACGUACAUCUACGUUGCGUCUGGAGAGAUAUAUGGUGGUGAGAAGACACUGAGUCCACUCAGAGAGCUGUUCCCAAACUUCUACACCAAGGAAAUGCUUGCCAAUGAUGAGCUCAAGCCUUUGCUUCCCUUUUCUUCGCGCCUUGCCGCCAUUGACUACAUUGUCAGCGACGAAAGUGAUGUCUUUAUCACUAACAAUAAUGGAAACAUGGCCAAGAUUCUUGCAGGCCGAAGGAGGUACAUGGGGCAUAAGAGGACCAUCAGGCCGAAUGCAAAGAAGCUUAGUGCUUUGUUCAUGGACCGUGAAAAGAUGGAGUGGCACACUUUCGCCAAGAAAGUUAAAUCUUGUCAGCGAGGCUUCAUGGGUGAUCCUGAUGAGUUCAAGCCAGGACGGGGUGAGUUCCAUGAGUACCCGCAGGCUUGCAUUUGUCAGAGACCCUUUUCUUACGACAAAACAUCGAAGGAAGAUGAAGAAGAAGACAACAUACCAGAAGAGGUCCACAACAACAAUAUCACUAGACAUGGACAUUUGUCUUCAGCUGAUAAUGAGCGCGACGAAGUUUUCCCAGACUAGUAUAUAUGGUUCCGCUGCAUCAUCAGUGCAGGUUACUGUAACCAGCCAUUGUAAGGAGACUGAUCAACACAUGUAGAGGAGAGUGGUAUAGGAGCUUCACACUUAGCUACUUGCUGCUUCAAGUGUUUAUAGUUACUUCUUUCUAAUAGGCAUACAUAACACCCACCUCUCUCUUUGUUUCUUUCCGACUCUGAAACACCACCUAAACUAUCUCCCCGUCCUGUAUUUUAUCAUAUUAUAUUACCUUAAAUCUA